AUGGUCGCCGCCAACGUUUCCGCGCGUUCACCGCCAGCGACGGGUGGGCAGGGCUCCAAGACGCAUACGGAUCCUUCAGUAGCAGUGGCCGAGAGACUUGAACAGGCACUGCGCAAAGUCUCGAAUCGGGCAUCCCAAUACGAGCACGAAAUGAAGGACCUCGAGUCGAGGUUAUCAGAACACCUCAGCAACUUCAGGGCGAUUGAUAGUCUCAUUGGGGAGGCAUAUGACGGUCUUCAGAGGAACAGUAAGCGCGCAAACAGGGCCCUGCAGCACCAAGUUCCCCACAUCAACGAUGAGCUAGAGGAGUCGAAGGAAGUUCUCUUGGAGUUGUCAGAGACACUUCCCAUUGUCCAGAUGCAAGUCAAAGGCAUCCGUGACAUUUACGAUUCUGGGCGUCGAACGGCCAAGGACCUUGUUGAUGAUUUGACCUGGCUCAACACGGAAUUCUAUGAGCGUUGGCGGUUGAUUGUCUUCACUUCGACCAGCCCAGUUUCAUGGCGGUGGAAGAUCUUCAUGCGGACUCUGUUUGCCGUUUCAUUUGUUCUGUGCUGCUGGCUUUCGUGGAUUGCCCUGCGUGGAGCAUAUCGUGCCCACAGACACAGGCUUGUCUGGGGCGAGAAACUCAUGUCAUAGCGCGUCUCGGGCUCUCAAUACCCCCUAUAUAACCUCAUCCAGAUUCCCGGCAUAUCAAUCUAUACCUCGGACUUUUCUAUACACGCACUCGCUCUUUGCUUUCGCAUUUUACGGACGCUGUAGCUUUAUCUAGUAGAGUAGCAGAAUAUGAAAUUGAGAUUGU